CGGUGUUUCAGCCGGUGCAGAGGCGGAUUCCUCGAUGAGCUCCUGCUCGAUUGGCCGACCUCCCACGGUGGGGUAACUGUCGCAGAGGCGGGGCCGGAGGCGGCUGAGCCGGCCGGGUUGAGCGCGCUGCGGGAGGUAGGCGGCGGCUGAGGAAGAUGAAGAUCCAGUUUCAGACAUGAGACUCACUGAGUGAUCAUUUCAUUGAGAUCAUCGUGAAUGACAAGGUGAAAAGUACAAGAGGAAUGUGGAAUGACUGAGACAAUUCAAUUUUUUAUUGCCAAUCUCAACUUCUUUUGACUCUACAAAAGAAAUUGUAUCUACAGCAGCCCCUAAAGCCAAGGAGUCCAGCAAAUCAUCAGAUAAGACUCAUGACUGAAAAACAGCGGGAAGAAGCAGAAUGGGAAAACAUAAAUGUGCUGUUGAUGAUGCAUGGCUUAAAGCCUUUAUCUCUAGUCAAAAGAACAGAUAUGAAAGAUCUCAUCAUUUUUGACAAACAGUCAUCACAGACGAUGAGGGAGAAUUUAAAAACAAUGAUGGAGGAAACAUCGCGUCAACAGAACAUGAUCCAGGAGCUCAUAGAAACUAAUAAACAGCUUAAAAAUGAACUUCAGCAACAGCAAAGCCGAGCAGCAGAUCAGGAACAACGAGCUAAUGACUUGGAACAAAUUAUGGAGAGUGUGAAGUCCAAAAUUGGUGAAAUGGAGGAUGAAUCUGUAAAUAGGGUUUGCCAGCAACAGAAUAAAAUAAAAGAACUUCAAAAGGAGCAUAAAGUUUUACAGGCAAAAUGUGAACAUUAUAAGAUAAAACGAAUGGAGCAACAAGAGACUAUUGCUGCCUUGCAGAAGGAUAUCUAUAGGUUAACACAGGAAGAAGAAGAACGCAUUAUCACUCAAAAUAGAGUGUUUUCUUAUCUCUGCAAAAGAGUUCCUCAUACCGUCUUGGAUAAACAGUUGCUUUGCCUUAUUGAUUACUAUGAAUCUAAAAUUAGAAAAUUUCAUAAACAAAGACUAUAUAAAGAAGAUGAAAGUCAGUCAGAAGAAGAUUAUAGAAGCCUGAGUGCUUCACCCACUUACAACGGCCUUCUAAUGUCAUUACAGAAUCAACUCAAGGAAUCAAAAACUAAGAUAGAUGUACUUUUAAGUGAAAAGCUCAAUCUUCAAAAAGAUUUGGAAACCAGGCCCACACAGCAUGAAUUAAGACUUUAUAAACAGCAAGUGAAGAAACUGGAGAAAGCCCUGAAGAAAAACAUCAAAUUACAGAAUAUUAUCAGUCAAAAAAAAGCUGAGGACAAAGAGGGAAAAGAUGAGCCCAGCAAAGAUAACCAGCAGCAGGCUCUGAUUGACCAGAGAUACUUUCAGGUAUUGAGUAGCAUCAAUUCAAUUAUUCACAAUCCAAGAGCUCCAGUAAUAAUAUAUAAACAGAGCAAAGGAACAGCCCAACAUUUUAAUAGAGAUCUUGUUCAGGAUUGUGGAUUUGAGCAUCUUGUUCCUAUAAUAGAGAUGUGGGCAGAUCAACUGGCUUCCUUAAAGGAUUUAUAUAAGUCCUUGAAAAUACUGUCUACAGAACUGGUGCCUUGGCAUAAUUUAAAGAAGCAGGAUGAAAAUGAAGGUGUCAGAGUUGAAGAUCUGUUGUUUAUAGUGGAUACCAUGUUAGAAGAAGUUGAAAAUAAGGCAAAGGACAGCAAUAUGCCAGACUUCCACAUUUUGCGAGCUAUUGUUUCUCACUUCCAAAAAUUAUUUGAUGUUCCUUCUUUAACUGGAGUCUAUCCUCGAAUGAAUGAAGUUUAUACUAGGCUUGGAGAAUUGAACAAUGCUGUGAGAAACCUCCAAGAACUCUUAGAACUAGAUAGUUCAUCCUCAUUGUGUGUGCUGGUGAGCACAGUUGGAAAAUUGUGUAGGCUGAUUAAUGAAGAUGUGAAUGAAAAGAUUAUGCAGGUAUUAGGACCUGAGGACCUUCAAAGCAUUAUCCACAAAUUGGAAGAACAUGAAGAAUUUUUCCCAGCAUUUCAGGCAUUUACUAAUGAUCUACUCAAAAUCUUAGAAUGACUCUGACAUAGGAAAUUAAAUUAGAAGAGGAGAUAAGGUUUGGUAGAAGAUAAAGCAAUGAGUAAGUUAAAAUUUGGUAAGAAGAUGAGUAAAUGAAAGGCACAUCUGACUGGAGUAUAUAGCCUAGUUGAACAUAAAUUUUGUGGCCAAUUUUAUGUAGACUGGAAGCAACGGAGACAGUGAAUGUACUUUAUUCAUGCUCAUACAUUUGAAAAGAUCAUGGCAAGGGAAGACGUAAUUGGAAAGUUUAACUUGAGAUAUGAAAAUGUAGAAAUGUAUUUAUUGCCUUGUAUCUUAAAAAGCUUUGUUUCCUGCAAUAUGAUUUUACUUGCUUUGAGAUAGCGAUUAACAGUGUUUCUUGUCAUUAACAAACAUUUUACUAGGUGUGCUAUUAACACUUAUUUCAUAAUCCUUGUAUAGAAACUUCUUCUCAGAUAUAAUACUCAACAUGGUUCAUGUGGGAUCAUUUGCUUCAAUAUACAUUGUUCAUGUGCUGUUCGGUCACAGUUGAAAUUCUGGAGUAAAUAUUAACAUUUCAGAAAUUAAAUCUGUUUUGGUAAACAUGACUAUUUUUAUUAUUACUAGAUGCGAGGUGGCUUAGUGAUAAAGAAUCCACCUGUUAGUGCUGGAGACGUGGGUUUGAUCCCUGGGUCAGAAAGAUCCCCUGGAGAAGGAAAUGGCACCCCACUCCAGUAUUCUUGCCUGGGAAAUCCCAUGGACAGAGGAGCCUGGAGGGCUACAGUCCAUGGGGUCGCAGAGUCAGACACAACUUAGCAACUAAACAACAAACAACAACAACAGAUGUCAUAUUACACAUCUAGAACUACAGAGUGGAUUACUGAAUAUCAGGUAUGGAGAAGGACUUUCUUUUUUCUCAUGUAAGUGGUGUGUUUAGUUGAGAAAAUUCUCAUCUCAACCAAGAUCCUUCUCUGUGAGGUUUAUUUAUAAGGCAGAUUUCUCUUCUAGGGAGAAAACAGGUGUGAUUUUAGAAUGCGGGUCAUGGAAUAACUUGAUCUUUGUACCUUAUUUACUGCAGUAUAAUUCUCAGCUGUAGAUUUGCUCGUAUUCUUUUCCUUUCUUAUAUCAUCUGUGUUCCGACAGAAGAGAUCCCUAAGUCCUUAGAUGGAGGCCCAGGAAAGAGAAAGGGCCUCUCCUAGGGAUUUCACCAUGUAAGCUCACCCAUAUAUUAGAAAGAGGCAGUAACAUAAUGUUAUAAAUAUGGUGAGUAGUAUCUGUUGUUAAGAGCACACUGCUAAUGAGAUUAAUAUCAGAGUCAGAAGAUGCUUUUGUAGGUAGCUUUUACAAACAAAUGUCCUGUGAAUCAGUGAUACACUUUUAGAGAAAAAUUUCAUGUGCUUGAAAGCACUAGUGAUGUUGCCUUUGUGUUUGAGGUUUGCCUUUGCCCAGAGUUAUCAUUUCAUCUGAGCCUAACACUGGAUGAAGCUACUGUUUUAUUAUUGUUUUUCUGUUACAGAAAUUGAUGACUUGGAUGCCAUUGUACCUGCAGUAAGGAAAUUAAAAAUACUUUCAUACUGAAAACAAAUCA